AUGGAGUAUUACACGGAUGGAGACUAUGGCCCUCCGUCAUCACCAGGGCUUGUGGCGAAGCGCGUGAACCUCUCUGAUCUUGGACCGGAGGCUUAUGGGUUAUACGAAUCCGACACAGACGAGGAACUGGAUAUCAACUCGCCCUGGGCGCCGGCAUUGCGAUCGACGACUUCCGGCAACUCAAAGCGACGACGAUUUGGUUCCAAGCUAGCUAGAUGGAGGCCGAGCAGAAAAGAUGGCCUCCUCAUACAGAUGAUGGCUCCAGAACUUGGGUCUACUAUUGCGGACGAGGUGCAGCUGCGAGUUCUACCAGAAGACCUUGAUGACGAUGUACUAUCGUCUCCUGAGGUUGACCAUGAUGAUGCACCGCCUACCCCGAGUUUAUCACCUGCUACAGCCGAAACUGAUAGCUCAUCUACGUCCUCUACCUAUGACUUUGAACCACCACCAUCACCAACGUUAACAUCGAUAGACUCACCAGAUUACCAGGAAUUCCUGUCGCUCCAACUACCCUCGUCUUCCUCUUCGCUAUCCUCCUCACCCUCACUAUACUCGCCAGAUACUAUUUCAGACAAAUCAGAGUUGGCAACGAAAACACGAGUACCAACUUGGCAAGAGGAACGGGACACGUUGAGACUGGCGGAGGAACAGGACACACAGAGGCUCGCACCGUCACGAGUACGAAGAUCUACUCGGGGGCCCCGUACGCGUGUGGCUCUCCCACUUAUCAUCCGGGCCGACACCGAAUCAAGCCCCGUUAUGAGCUGCCCUGAUACAGGUUCGGUUGAUAAUAUCAUCUCGCUCGAACUUGCUACCAGCCUUGGACUCCCCCUGGAGCCAUCCGGUCAAGGUAAACCGUUCUCUCUCGCAAACGGAAAAGUCGUCCGAUCGGUCGCCAGCUCUUCAUUUUCGUGCUCGUUUGUAGGGCUUGACGAGGCGACUGUUGCGGUUUUCGAGUGCUUGGUCUACGUAUUCGAAUCUUUGGUCGUGCCUGUAAUCAUGGGAGCCACGUUCCUCGAGGAAGCGGAGGUGUUCACGAAGUACAAGGACUUAUUGGUGCAGCAGACCGUCCCUUCGGUGCAGAUGCUGAGGGUAAAUAGUCUCGGCAUCCCACGGAAGGGAUUGGUUUGCCGUAUCGAUACUUUUGUUGGCUGUGCCAAUGCAGACACAGGCUCAGAUGUAGACCUCAUCAGCCCUGCAUUUGCGAAGCAGCGCGGCCUUCAAGUAUUUGAAGAGGAGCUGGUCCUCGAAUUUGCCGAUGGGAGUACUGCUUAUACUUCCGGGUCAGUGAAAGCCUCUUUCGCGAUUGGCGAGGUUGAUUCAGUGCGCGGCUUCAUUCCGCGUGGGAACCCGAUAGAAGUCGAGUUCUUUGUCCUUGACACUCUCUCAUUCGACAUCCUCGUUGGCCAAGAUACUUUAGAAGAGCUGGAAGUGCUACAUAAGCACGACGAUCUGUUCGUCAACGGCAUUCCUGAGCCCGGUCUUUCCGACUGCAACUUCAUACGGUAUAUUGGGAAGCUUGAGAGCGCUGUCAAAUCAACCGUCGAUACUGUCAGGAACGCACUUCUUCCGUCGAGGCGACUUCAGCUGGAUACCAACUCUCCGCCCGUCAGAGAAGAGCAAGAACGGCUACUUGCUAUACAACGAAGCAAUGCUAUUAAAGAAGGCCACUCUCCAACGAGCACCGGUCAAUAUGUUUGCGAGGUGCCGGGAUGCAACGCACUACCCUUUCAGACUCAGUACCUAUUGAACAGCCAUGCCAACUUGCACUCCACAAAUCGCCCGCAUUACUGUCCUGUGCAGGGCUGUCCCCGUUCAGAGGGUGGGAAGGGCUUCAAAAGAAAGAACGAGAUGAUCAGACACGGCCUUAUCCAUGAAUCACCAGGAUAUACAACCUGCAACGACAUGUCAGAGUUCAUCAUUAUGACAGAGAUAAAGAUGAUCCAGCUCUUGUUGCAGUUCUCGCUCAAGGGCCAGAUGGGCCGAGCAGAGGGCGUAGGAGAAGAAGAGACCCCGAGAACUGAGUACCUCAUUUAA